AACCGCCUCCCGUCCCGAAACCGAGCCCCGUCUUCGCCACGGCGUGUCCAUGCUACUAUAACCCACACAGCUCAAGCACCGAGGUGCGCACCACGACACCACCCACCUCCGAUCCCGUGUUGCCCGAGCGCGCUCACAUUGCCAGUACCCAUCCCUUGCGUCUGACACCGCCGUCGUCUGCGCACCCAGCCCGUCGCCAUGCAGAGCCAGCAGAUGGCCGCCAUGGCCGGCAUGAAUGCAGCCAUGGGCCCCGUCGACGGCACGCCCGUCAUGAGCAGCAUGCAGCGUCCAGGUGGUCGACCCGACGAUCCGCGCACCAACCUCAACACAUACAUCUACGACUACUUCAUGCGGAACAACUACGGCCGGCUCGCGAAAGCAAUGCUCGAAUGUGAUCUAAAGAUGAACCUCGCCCCGCACACAAAGCCAAGUCCCAGCGGGCGGAAUAUGAACGGCAUGGAUUCCAUGGACCCUGACGUCAAGGACGACCUCCCCCAGCCCAAGAUCCCUGAUGGCCAGUCCGCCGACAACUCGUUCCUGCUGGAUUGGUGGUGCCAGUUUUGGGACAUAUAUCGCGCUGCCCGCGACAAGAACGGCAGCAAGGCUCAGCACCAGUACAUUGGGCACACCAGGCAACUCGCCCAUAUCCAGAACCAGCAGCGAGACCAACGCAUGCAGAUGAACGGCUACCAAAACAUGAUGCGGGCGGGCAUCCCGAACGGCGUGCCAGUCAAUGAUCUGAAGAGAGCAGCGGCGAUGAACAAUCGCAACCCUAGCAACCCCAACCAGAUGGCAAAUAUGAACCAGAUGAAGUCUCAAAUGAUGUCUGCACAGAUGCAACGAGAUGGUUCGGGUAUGGACAUGAACGGACAACGCCCUCAGUCGCCCGGCUCGACUGAAAAUGCGCCGUCUCCCAAUAAGCGGCCACGAGUUGAAGGUAACAAUUUCAACGGUCAGCAGAUGGGUGUGGCUCGUAGUCAAGGCAUGCAGCAGCAGCCGAUGGGAGCCACCUCCGCAGCGCAGGCUAACCAGAUGCUACUCGCAGGAGGGAUGAACUCAGGGUUCAACGAAUUUGCACCGCAGGCGCAGAAUGUGCAGCAGAAGUCGAUAGAGGUAUAUACCCAUAGCCUGGUCCAACAACAAAGAAUUGCUUUGAAUAACCGUGCGAUGGCUCAGGGUAUGAAUUCUGGCGUCCAAGGGUCUCCCAUGACCCAGCCUGGCCUAGAUGGCCAGCAAGAAAUCUUCGCUGGCAACAUGGUUCGUCCAGGAAUGCCAGCAGGAGCCCCGGGUCAGCCAGGCCAAGGCAACCAUGCUUUACAAGACUAUCAGAUGCAGCUCAUGCUGCUCGAACAACAAAACAAGAAGCGACUAUUAAUGGCCCGACAGGAGCAGGACAACAUGUCUGCCGGUCCUCAUGGGCAGCCACCUGUCGGAGCUCCUGGAUUCCCUCCCUCAAUGUCACCGCAAGGGAGCAGAGCCGGGCCGUCGCCUAACCCUAACGACCAAAUCAAACGAGGGACGCCGAAGAUGAACCAGCCAGGCUUGCCGGGAUCACCAAUGGGGGACGCGUCCAUGCAGCAAAAUCGCAACUCUCCGGCGCCGAACAUGAACUUCGAGCAGAUGCCUCCUGGCAUGCCUCCGCAGUUCUACAACCCCCAGAUGCCGCAGAAUCCUAUGAUGAGGCCGCCAAGCUCACAUCCUGGUGGCAACUUUAAUGGACAGCAAUUGACCCAGCAGAUGGAGCAAAUGCGCCAUAACGGUGCUAUGCAGAACGGCGCCUGGCGCGGGCCACCUCAAGGGAUGAUGCAAAAUCAGGGACAACAACUUGGCCCGAUGAACACUCCCCAGCAGCAGAGGAACCCAAUGCCGCCACCCCCAGCGCCACCUGCUGGUGAGCAGCCUCGAGCUCAGGAGCCAUCCCCUUCACAACCCGCCCAAGCACCGCCUACACCAUCCCAGACAAAUAAGGCCAAUCCAAAGAAAAAGCCUACAAAGGAUAAUAAGAAGCCCGCAAAAUCGAAAGCGGCAAAUACAGGUGCAACUCCAGCGGCGUCGGGUGAAGAGCCUCCGCCAACUCCAACUCCAUCGACUCCGAUCACGCCUAUGCAUCCGAAAUCAUUCACUGGUCAGAACGGCCAGCCACCCGCUCAGCCUCAAGCACAACCACCCCCCGCAGCUCCGGCACCACAGCAACAACAGCCCGUGGAGCCUUUUGGGAACAUUAGCGGCGAACCUGAUGACUUCGGCAUUCUCAAUGGUUUUGAUGGCUCUGACGCCCUAGAAAACUUCGACUUUGAUUCCUUCCUGCAUGUUGGAGAUGACAAUGGGGCCUUUAGCUCGUUAGGGGGUGACUUUGGCUUUGGUGACGGUGUAGAAGCUGGUGGUGAGCUGUAGUCUGAAGCUUAGCCCCUACCAUUGAAGUGUGUUAGAGUGCACUCCCAAGUCCCCGACGAUAUAUACCCUUUGAUUCGCCGGAGAGGGGGUCUUCACCGACCACAUCAGACCUACAUUAGAAGAGGCCAAAACGUCUUAUACCCGUCUUUCGACCGAGAGAUAUUCUUCGGAGCAUAGGGAUUGGGCAGUGGCUGGAUAUGGGCG